UCAGCAAUAAGAGCCGGCAGAGUCUGUGAGGUUUGCCACACUGCCUUCAUCCAGCGGAGGAGUAAGAGCAAAGACAGAGACUGGCAGAGAAACCGAGUAUCCACCGAGGGUAAGGCUGCGUAUUGCAGUCCCAGUCUUGAGGUGCUUUUUGCUGCUGUCCCUCACGCGGAUCGCCCAGGUAAUACCCUAGCAAGCAGCAAGAAUGGAUGUCUUUAAGAAAGGUUUCUCCAUUGCUAAAGAAGGUGUGGUGGCUGCUGCAGAAAAGACCAAGCAGGGAGUGACGGAGGCUGCAGAGAAGACUAAAGAAGGGGUGAUGUAUGUAGGCACCAAAACCAAGGAAGGCGUAGUGCAAAGUGUGACCUCAGUUGCUGAGAAGACCAAAGAACAGGCCAAUGUGGUGGGAGAAGCUGUAGUAGCCAGUGUGAACACAGUGGCAAACAAGACUGUAGAAGGAGCAGAGACCAUCGUGGCCACCACAGGAGUUGUAAAAAAGGAGGACCUGGCUGCGCCGCAGCCGCCCGAGCAGCCGGGGGCGGCGGGAGAGGGGGCCCCGGCAGCAAGCACAGACAGAGGCGGAGAGGGUGAAAAUGAAGGCAAUUAAUCAACUUAGGGACUCCUAGCUCAAAAGAGCGUUCCAAGAGCAUACAUGGAAAUAUUAGCUGACACUCCAACAGGAAAAUCCCGCUCUCCAUAGACUAACUACAUUCAGCUCUGUAGUCUUUCACUUGCCUCAUAAACCAAUCGUACAAUAUAUGUAAGCCAGACUCCUCUGACUGUAAGUGAAGUGCAGCCGUGUACCAGGGUGUGUGUCUCCCUCCCCACCUCCCUCGUGGCUUCCCGACCCGCUCGCUUUGCGUGUUUUGGUCGGACUCACUGAUCUGUGUCGCACGUCCGUCUGCACCGGCACUCGGGAUCUCUAGGUAUCGUGGAAAUAUUUUUUUUUUUUUAACUAAUAAAAAAGUGUUUGAACAA